CCCCCGCUGCGUGUUGCGCUUCCAUAUGUCGCGAAAGCAGGUGGACCAUGACUACACCCUGCGGAGCAUGAGCAACCUGAUGGGCGAGCGCUGGAAGAAAGUCAGCGACGGAGGCGAGCGCAGCCUCAUCAAAGCUCCGUCCAGCGGCAGCAUCAGCAGCCAGGGCGCCGCCGCCGCAUCCUCCUCCUCCACCGCGGGCGCAUCAGCCCCUUCCACAGCCGCCGCCGCCUCUUCCUCCACCACCAACACCGGGGACUUGGAGCGGGCUGCCCGCAAGCAGUUCCAGCAGGAUGUCACUCCAGCCUUCGUCUACGUCCUGGCCGCGUUCUCCGCUCUGGGGGGGUUUCUGUUCGGAUACGACACCGGGGUGAUCUCCGGCGCGAUGCUGCUGCUCAAGAGGGAGCUGGACCUGAGCGCCAUGUGGCAGGAGCUGCUCAUCUCGAGCACCGUGGCCGCGGCAGCCCUGUCCGCCCUGCUGGGGGGCUUCCUGAACGGGCUCUUCGGUCGCAGGGUGUGCAUCCUGCUGGCCAGCUUCUUCUUCACAGUGGGGGGGAUCGUGCUGAGCGCCGCUCCCGGGAAAGAGGCGCUCCUGGCGGGGAGGCUGAUCGUCGGAGUGGGCUUAGGGAUCGCCUCCAUGACGGUGCCCGUGUACAUCGCCGAAGCCUCUCCGCCGCACCUCCGAGGUCAGCUGGUGACCGUUAACACCCUCUUCAUCACCGGAGGGCAGUUUACCGCCAGCCUCAUCGACGGCGCCUUCAGCUACAUGCGGCGUGACGGAUGGAGGUACAUGCUGGGUCUGUCCGUGCUCCCCGCCGUGCUCCAGUUCGUCGGGUUCCUCUUCCUGCCGGAGAGCCCCCGCUGGCUGAUCCAGCGCGGGCUGACCCAGAAGGCCCGCCGGGUGCUCAGCCAGAUCCGGGGCAACCAGAACAUCGACGAGGAGUACGACAGCAUCAAGAACAGCGUCGAGGAAGAGGAGAAGGACAGCGGAGGAGAUGGCCCUGUGAUCUGGCGGAUGCUGACCUACCCCCCGACUCGCCGAGCUCUGGCGGUGGGAUGCGGCCUUCAGAUGUUCCAGCAGCUUUCGGGAAUCAACACGGUCAUGUACUACAGCGCCACCAUCCUGCAGAUGUCGGGCGUGCGUGACGACAGGCUGGCAAUCUGGCUGGCAGGGCUCACCACCCUCACCAACUUCCUGUUCACCCUCCUAGGGGUGUGGCUUGUGGAGAGGGUGGGCCGCAGGAAGCUCACUUUGGGCAGCAUUACAGGUACAUGUUUGAGUUUAAGUCUGCUGGCCGUAGGUUUCCUCAUGUCUGCUCAGCACAGUCCUCCAGUUACUGUCCACCCCCUGGACCCGGUCAUGGCUAACUCCACCUGCUCCAAGUACCAAAUGUGCGAGCCGUGCAUGCUGGACCCUCGCUGUGGCUUCUGUUACCGAGAGAACGGCUCGGCUCUCCUGGCCUCCUCCUGCGUGCCGGUCAAUAAGGCCACCACCGAGCGAGCGGCGUGGGGCAGAUGUUCAAACUCUACUCUCAUGAGAGAUCAGACCUACUGGGCCUAUAACUACUGUCCCACCUCAUUUUCUUGGCUGGUUUUGUUGGGGCUGGUGUUCUACCUGGCUGCUUUUGCUCCAGGUAUGGGACCAAUGCCAUGGACCAUUAACUCAGAGAUCUAUCCCUUAUGGGCGAGGAGCACAGGGAACGCCUGCGCUGCUGGAGUCAACUGGACCUUCAACAUCUUGGUGUCUCUCACCUUCCUCCAUUUGGCUCAGUACCUCACCUACUAUGGAGCUUUUUUCCUGUACUCCAGCAUGGCCCUGCUGGGUUUCUUCUUCAUCUAUGGCUGCCUGCCAGAAACCAAAGCGCGGCGCCUGGAGGAGAUCGAGGCGUUGUUUGAAAACCAACUCUGCUCAUGCGGCGCCUCUGACUCAGACGAGGGGCGGCAGGUCGAGUACAUCCGCGUCAAAGGCUCCAAUUACCAUCUGUCGGACAACGACGCGUCAGACGUGGACUAGGAGCGUGUCGUUGAACCCGCUCCGGGUCUUUCGGCGAUCUCCGUAACGCGCAGAAGCGAUCUGGUCUGUAAUAUUCAUUAACACUCAUUUUGUGAUCCGUGGAGCCAGACAGACCUUGAUCAGGAAGUGAGACUGUUUCCCCACAAACCGAAUGCAGAAUAUUCCGGUACAGCUUUGUUCCUGUUUAAAAAAGAAAAAAAAAAAAGAGGUGCGGUACACGUGUCGUUUGGAUACCAGGUUUGUGCAUCCACAUCAUCUUAGCUGACCUGAGAGCUGUUGUCGUGACUUGUUGUAUCUCCGUAGUGCCGUUACGCCUUUCAGUUUGAGAUACGUUUCAGGUUAGUGUUUCGGCUUGUAGCGUUGCGCGGUAAUGUUAGCUCCCCUAGAUGAGAUUCCCCCGCCCCCAUACCCUCCAAGUUUGUGGAUGGUCUUGACCUUCUCAUGAAAAGCAAUCAACAAACAUGCACAAUGUUACACCUGAGCAAACUCGUACUGUUAGUGCUUGACUAACAAAAGCCCCAGUUGGGAGCACUGGAAAGAUUAUACGUUCUGAUGCUGAAGUUUUCAUUCUGUGGCUUUCACAGUCGUUUUGAUUUGAGGUUUUUAAGUUUCUCAUCUAUAAGAAAAUGCAACUUUUUAGCACAAUGCCAAGAGUCUAGCCCUACUGCCAGAAGAUGUGCCAAUAAAUCCCCUCACAAACCGCUCAGAGGAACUGCUUCCUGGACGCAUUGUAAAUGUAUGACAUUCAGAUGAAGGAGUCAAGUAAAACUUUCAUUAGUGCCUGUGUAAUGUGCCUAAUGCCCAUUUUUGUUGCAUUUCCCGCAUGUCUAAAUAGCUUCUUCAAGUUCUAAUGUUUUUUCUGUCUUCCUUCAUAGCCUUAUGUACAAACUAGAGGAGCCUUUGGUUUCAGUCUGGCUUUAAUGUAAUUUAGCGAUGUUUUGUAACAACCGAUGAUGUGUAGUUGCUGCGUGACUUCACCAAAGUCCCUGUGUAGCAAAAACCGUUGAAGUAAAAAAAGAAAGAAGCUGUUACAAUAACAUGUAAAUAAAGUAAAUAUGCUGCAACAGCUCCCAAAUAAACAUGGAUCCAGGAUAAUUCAUGUCUUUAUCCAUAAAAAUGUAUCUCAGUUUAAAUAAACCAUGAACUCCCAAGCUACAUCGAUUGUUAAGAUACAUUUUGCAUUUAUAUCAAAACUGGGAGACUUGUAUAAAAGCAAGUGGCAUUGUUGACCUAUUUAUGAGAAAAAACAAUAUUACAAAGCAGGAGAGUAGCGCCCUCAUGUGGAAAAAUCUGCAAAUGCCUAAGUAUGACCAAAAAUGUGAUUUAAGGACAUUCAUUUAGUUGUCGGUAUAAAAACAGAUACUCUUUCCUGCAGCCAGUUUAGACUCAUUUAACCUCACAGUAUGCGCCAUGCUGAGUUUGAUGUGAGCAGAAAGGUGCCACCUCUCAUUUUAUUGUAAAAAACUUGCACAGGCUAAAUAUUGCUGAAAGGUUAUAAAGUGCCUUGCACAAGCAUUCAUGACCUUUGAACUCUUCCACAUUUUCUCACAUCACAACCAUAUGUUUCUGUUAUGUUUUUUAUUGGGAUUUUAUGUAUUUAUAUGCAUUUAUUCCAACCUGAAUUUAGGUCUGGACUUUAAAUAGGCCAUUACUAAACAUUUCAGUGCAGCUCUGGUUAUAUGUCCAGGUUUUUAUUCUUUUGAAAGUGAACCUUUGUAGCCCCAAAGACUUUUUUCCCCCCCAGUAUUUCCCUGUACAUAGCUAUAGGCAUCCAUCUAUUUUCCUUUGAGAAAGCAACAGAAUGAUGCUGCCACCACAAUGUUUAAUAGGAUCAGUGUUCGUUUCAGCAUUUUGCAAGAAGGACAAAAAGAUGACCUAUUCCCUUCUUCAUUCUUUCUUUUAGAUUCCCCAGCCUGAGUAGUUUACCUCUGCAGCUCCUCCAGAGUUACGUUAGGUCUCUUGGCUUCUUUACUGAUGAAUGCCCAUCAUGGCUACAUUAUUUAAUUUAGGGGUAUAAGAGUAAAUGUGGUUAAAUAUCUUGGACACCAAAGUUUUUAGGGUUUUUUAAAUUAAAAAGUCAUACCUGCAUUAAUUUAUUUCCCAACUAUGCACUACUUUGCAUUAAUCUUCCUUAAUACCCCAAUAAAAUACAUAUGAGUUUGUUAUAAUCUGAGAAAAUGAGGCAAAAAAAGAUCAAAGGGUAUGAAUACUUUUCCAAGGCAUUGAUUAUUGUUAACGUAAAUGUCAGCUUUAAAGAUAUUUGUAUGCUUUUUAAAAAUAUCGCCACUGAUUAUGUCGAGUGUGUGUGAGCUGUAGUAACAGGCCAAGAACAUACUGAACUACUGAUUCAUUCGUUGUGGAAUGUGCUGCGUGUUUCUCACUGACGAAAACAAACCUGCGCCCGGUUUUCAAAAUAAUCCAACUGCAUACGUAAGGAAAAUGCAAUUCUUUUCAUUUUUCAUUUGGUAAAACUGUCUUAAAACCACGCAAAGUAAUUUUGUACAUAUUGUACUAUGGAAGACGUGUUGACACAAUUUUCAAAGUGAUCGUGUGCCUCUCAUAUGAUGUACAUCUUGUCAAAGGUUCUGUGAUGUUUCGCUCUCCACAUCCAGUUGUGUUAUCGUCCCUCUGCGGCAGACAGGCCAUGUGACAUGUACUUAUGGUAAAAUGUUUCCAUUUUUUAUUAUUAUUUUAUGUGAACUACUUGUAUGUUUCUAUCUUAAUUAAAACACAAGUUAAAAAAAAUCUCUGUAUAGUAUAUUUGACAAUUGUUCAAGAUGUAAAUGUUUUGCUAGAGUUUAUAUUAUAUAAAGAUGAAUAUCUAAUGUACAUGAAGAAAGAAAUAAACUCAAGAGUCUAAAGUAA